AUGGAAUUUUUGCAUCAUUCAUAUUCUAAAACACUGCUCUGGGUUACUGAAAUAAGAUAUAACUUUGUUGGGCGUCUCCUUGGUCCUAGAGGGAACUCUCUUAAACGAGUGGAGGCAAGUACUGAAUGUCAUAUUCUGAUAAGAGGACGGGGUAGCAUCAAAGAUCCUACUCAGGAGGAGAUGAUGAGAGGAAAACCAGGGUAUGAACAUUUAAAUGAACCCCUUCACAUAUUGGUUGAGGCAGAGCUGCCAGUUGAAAUUGUUGAUGCUCGUCUUAUGCAAGCACGUGAGAUCCUUGAAGAUCUGCUCAAGCCUGUGGAUGAAUCCCAGGAUUUCUUCAAGAAGCAUCAGCUGCGAGAGCUUGCAUUGCUUAAUGGCACUCUCCGUGAGGAGGGGUCACACAUGUCUGGUUCAGGGUCCCCCUUCCGCAAUAGCCUUGGUAUGAAGAGAGCGAAGACAAGGGGGUAGACUGAGUUUGUUGUUUGGUUGGCUCUCCUUGUGGAGCCAUAUUCUGUCUGCCUGGGUGGCAAGUUCUAUAUUGGGGGCUGCCAUGCCAUUAUAUGCCCUUACAUGCCAUCGUGGGCAGAGGCACCAAGGCCAUUCCGACCUCAAUUUCUAUCAGAAGUGUGUUUGUUGACAUAAUGCUAUAAGCCAGCCAUUUCGCGUUGUGUGAAGUUUGUUUUACAUGUCUUAACAAGUCGGGGACAAAACAAUAUAUAUUCAUCAUGUUAUGGUAAUAUGCGUUUGUGCCUGCUUUGCA